AUGUCUCCUGCGGCGGUGGAGAUUGGGUCUCCGGUUGAAACUAUCCCUUCAUUCUCGGCAUUUUUCCCGGAAAGUGUUCGCUCUCACGAUCAACGAGGCAUGGAUCCUUCGUCGUCGUUCUCUACAGAUUCUGGGAUCGGAAAUGGAAUUCAAUUCGGGUUUGGAGCUGGUUCAGGGCAGAACACGAAGAGUCGAACGAAGCCGAGGCUGGUUAAACUGAGGAAGAACGGUAGAAAGGUGAAAGGGACAUCUUUCUCCGGCGAGAUCUUGUCGGGUUUCAACCCGUUUGCGCCGUCUAGUAAAGGUAGUCUCCAUAUGAACAGAGUGAAUGAUAGAAAUGAUAGCGAGUCACCUGGGGAUAAAGGUUUUGUCUUUGGGGCUAAUGGGAACAGUUCUAGUGCAGAAGCUACCAGUGCAGGUAAGGUCUCAGUAACGUCUUUGUCUGAUGAGGAGGAAUUUGGCACUCCUAUAGGUGAUUAUGACUUGGGUUCGGAAUCUACAAAAGAACAUUCAGACGAGGUUUUAAGAAAGCGAGAUAAUGAUAAAGCAGAAAACAUUAGACCGUGUAGUGAGAGCGCGUCUUGUGAAACGCAAAGUGGAGUUGGGUUUGGUAGUGGUAAAACUAUAGAUGAUUCUGAAUUGAACCUGCCUGCUGAGAUGAGGAAGCUUAAUAUCAGUGAUACCAGUGAUCAUGGUGGCAACGGCUAUGCAGAAGGAAAUAAAUCCAAUAACGCACCUGCAUUUAUCUUUGGUAGCUCUGGAAAGGUUGAUGCUAAAUAUAACGGUGCAGCAACAUCAGGGCCAUGCUCUUUCAGUUCCAAUGGUUUUCACCAAAGUGAUAAUACAGCGGAUAAAAGACCCACUUUUCAUUCCAAUACCACCAAUAUAAACAACUUAACAUGCAAUACCUUUGGUACAAGAACAUCAUUUGACGAUUUCAAAGCACCUGAAUGGGAUCCUUCUUCGCUUAAGAACAGUUUGUUUCCAGAAGUGAGCAGAAAUCAAGGCCACACGCGAAGAAAUCGGUCAUCCAAGGACAAGAAAUCAAAGAAAAUCAAAGAAAAAAUGAAACAGCAUGAGCCGAAUCGAUGCAAUGAUCAUGCUUCUGAGGGAGUUGAGUCUAAUGAACAACUCAGUUCCCCUGGAUAUUGUUCACCCAUGGAUUUUUCUCCUUAUAAUGGUGAGAAAGCCAGCAAUCAAUUUCCAACAGGACCUCCUCUGACAUCAAUCGAUCCCUUACAUUUGAGAGAACAUGUAAAUUCUAGCUCCAGUAAUGAUUUUAAGGUUGCCUCAGCCAGGGAUCCAUCUGUUGUCACGGCAGAGGGUCAUGGAAUGUCGACAGAUGGUCAUGGAAGUAGUUGUAUGCCGAAUUUUUCUUUCUCAGCGUCCGCGUCUCAAGAAAAAAUACCAUAUAGAAAGCUUCAAGCUGUUAAGAAAUAUAGGAGGAAGGUCAAUAACAUUUUUCAGAAAAACAAUCAAGAGAAUCAACCUGUAAAUACAGGUCAAGCCAAACAGGAGUCAGGCUCUACAUCUGUGAUGCCUGGUGUAUGUGAGGUUUGGCGACUAAGGGGAAAUCAAGCCUACAAAAAUGGUGAUAUGUGUAAAGCUGAGGAAUGUUACACAUAUGGUAUUAAUUCCUCCCCAUCAAGUGAUGAUUCAGAGUACUCUAUGAAGCCUCUUGCCCUUUGCUAUGGCAACCGCGCAGCAGCAAGGAUUUCUCUUGGAAGAUUGAGGGAGGCUAUAAGUGACUGUGAGAUGGCUGCUUCACUUGAUCCAAGCUACAUUAAAGCGUAUAUGAGAGCUGCAAAUUGUCAUCUUGUACUGGGGGAACUUGGAUCAGCAGUGCAGUAUUUUAAUAAAUGCAUGGAAUCCGCCUCUAGUGUUUGCUUGGAUCGACGAAUGACUAUAGAAUCAGCUGAAGGUUUACAACAGGCUCAAAGGGUAGCGGACUAUACCAACUGUGCAUCCGUAUUUUUGGAGAAGAGAACACCGGAUGGCGCAUCUGACGCAUUGGUUUCAAUUGCCAAUGCCUUGUCGAUUAGUUCAUGCUCAGAUAAACUUCUUCAAAUGAAGGCGGAGGCCCUGUUAAUGAUCCGGCGUUAUAACGAAGUGAUCGAGCUCUGUGAGUAUACCCUUCAGACGGCUGAGAGGAAUUUUGUUUCAGCAGGGCUUGUUGGCAUGACAAAUGUUGAUCUAUUAGGGUCUAAGCAUCACUCACUAAUAGUUUGGAGAUGGAAUAUGAUUUCCAAGUCGCACUUCUACUUGGGAAACCUUGAGACAGCCCUGGAUUUAUUAGAAAAUUUACAGCAAGUGGGAUCUAGCUGCAAUGAGAAUCAGGACGAGUGUCGUGACUCACCAUCUUCAUUAGUGGCCACCAUUUCUGAACUUUUACGUUACAAGAACGCAGGUAAUGAAGCUGUUCGGACAGGAAAGUACAUGGAAGCAGUAGAGCAGUAUACUGCUGCACUAUCAAAAAAUGUUGACUCUCGCCCUUUCGCAGCAAUCUGCUUUUGCAAUCGUGCAGCUGCUAAUCAGGCCUUAGUCCAGAUUGCCGAUGCAAUUGCUGACUGUAGUCUUGCCAUGGCUCUUGAUGAAAACUACACAAAGGCAGUUUCCAGGAGAGCCACAUUACAUGAGAUGAUCAGAGAUUAUGAUCAAGCAGCAAGUGAUCUCCAGAGGCUUAUCAGCAUUCUCGUAAAGCAAAAUAAUGAGAAGACAAAAACGUCAGAUACAUCUGCUGAUCGUGCAAGCAGCAGGAAAGAACUAAGGCAGGCCCGUCAACGGUUGUCUGUGAUGGAAGAAAAAUCUAAAGAGAGCAUUCCUCUGGAUUUCUUCCUCAUCAUGGGAGUGAAGACAUCUGACACUGCUGCUGAUAUCAAAAAGGCGUACCGUAAAGCAGCUCUUAGGCAUCACCCAGACAAGGCUGCACAGAUUCUUGUCAGAAGUGAAAGUGAAGGACCAUGGUUGAAGGAGAUAUUAGAAGAGGUUCACAAGGGUGCAGAUAGGCUCUUUAAAAUGAUUGGAGAGGCAUAUUCAGUUCUUUCUGACCCAACUAAGAGGUCGGACUAUGAACUUGAGGAAGAAAUUAGAAAAGCAAGGGCAUCUAGAGAAAGCUACAGAAGUAGAAAGGCUGCAGAAGCAAGUAGCUCUCCAUUUCAGACAACUCCAAGCAGUCGAUACUGGAAGGACAGCGGGAGGUCAUACCGAAACACGCCUUCUUGGUGGUAG